AUGGCCGACCACCCGAUGACGACGACGCGAGAGGAAGACGUGGGCGAGGCGGCUGGAGACGAGGUGACGCAGGAGAUGGCGGAGCUGACGGUGGCUGAGGACCAGGACGAAGAGGAGGACGAGCUGGCCAAGCUUCCGAAAAAGGUGCUGCUGCGUCUCGAAGCGCUGCGGGAGCUUCAGGAGGCGCAGGCUGAAGUCGAGGAGAAGUUUGAGAAGGAGCGGAAGCUGCUGGAGCUCAAGUACGAGAAGCUCUACCAGCCGUUUUACCAGCAACGGGCUGAUAUUGUGUCGGGGGUGAAGGAAGUGGACGCUGUCGUAGCUGCUAGUACUGAGGAGGAGGAGGAGGAGGAAGAGGAGGUGAAGGGCGUGCCUGGCUUUUGGCUGCGUGCGUUUAUGAACCACUCGGCGUUAGCAGACCUUAUUCAGGAGCGGGACUUGCCUGCGUUUGAGUUCCUCAAGGACGUGCGCUCAGUGAGCCACGAAUCGGACAAUGGCUUUGAGCUCACGUUUGAGUUUGUGGACAACCCGUUCUUUUCCAACAAGACGCUGACGAAGGAGUACGACAUUGGAGACGCGUCGGAGCAGGGCGAGGCGGUGCUGCGCAAUGUAAAGGGCACUGUGAUUGAGUGGAGAGAAGGUCAGAAUUUGUGUGAGGUGACCAAGAAGGUGAAGCAGCGUGCAAAAGGUGGCAAAAGCGGAUCGCGCGUCGUGAGCCGCACGGAGCCGUGCGAGAGCUUUUUCCAGUUCUUUGCUCCUGUGGAGAUGCCGUCGGAAGAGGACGACGAAGACAGUGAGAUGAUUAUGCGCCAGCUGAGCGAUGACUUCGAGAUUGGCUUCACGAUCCAUGAGACGAUUAUCCCGCAGGCUUUGUUGUGGUUCACCGGUGAAGCUGUGGAGAACGACUCGGACUAUGAUCCAGAGGAGGACGAGGACUAUGAGGAGUCGGACGACGAGUCACUCUCGAGUGACGAGGCCCCGAAGCCUCGUCGAGGCAAGAAGAAAUUUCCUGCUCUCGAAAGCGAUGCGAAGUCGACGGAGAAGCCACCCGAGUGUCAGAACCAGUGA